CCGCCCCCUGUACCCGAUUCCCCCACCCCCGCGAACGAUCCACGAACGAGGCUUACUAAGUUGCUAGUAAGCCUUUAAUAAGCCGGCUAAUAAGCCUCGAUGUCGUACGACUUUUGCCAAGUGGGGGGAAUUUCCCCUCCAUAUUUCCCUUAAAACCAAAUUUUUUACUUUCGAAAUCAAGUUUACGCACAAAAAAGUGUACACACAUCGCGCAUUGUAAGAGUGUGCGUAAAAAAACGUGUUCUUCUCUCCCACUUUAUUGCGAGAGAAUGGUUAUCAAAUGCUGAGAGAUUAACUGUCGUGCGGGGAAUCCCACCUGAUCGUCGCACGAUCAUCAGUCGUUUAUUUUCGGCGCACCAAUUUAGACUGACCCCUCUUUAGCGAUGGAGAAUAAUUUGGUUGAAACCAUCUUCGAAGCGAUCACGAUCGGUGAUGAAACGAUGCUGGGAAAUUGCAUUAAACAAGCGACCAUCGAUACCGUCUUGGAGUUCCGGCGUUCAUACGGCGAAUCUCCGCUGCAUUUGUGUGUGAAAAUCGGCGGUGUGAGUCAUCUCGGUGUAGUGCGUUGUUUAUUGACAAGCGGAUUGUUUGAUAGCACCACCGUCGAUAGCGAAGGACAAACUGUACUCGAGUGUGCUCUGGCGAAUGGUGGAGACAGUGAAUUGGUUGACGCUCUGAUAAAAGUAGAAAUUGAUGGAUUGGAUGAUGCAACCGCUUGCUACAAGAUGUUAAGACAUGACUCGUUGCAGAUAUUUAGAACUUUUCUUAAUAUCAAGAAGCUUAAGGAGGAGGAAGAAUUCCAACACAUAGCUAGUGCGUUAAUUCAACUAAAUGUAAAGAAUGUGGUUCUGUCGGAAGAUCUGCGUCACUUUGUGUUGUGGAAACUGUCCGACUAUGGGUUUCGCAAGCUGUCCGGCAACUGGUCGGGAACGAAGGAUCCAAACGAAUGGAAAAAUCAUAUCGACGUUAUAAGCGAAUGUUGGAGUGUGAUAAAGCUGCAGUACAAUACCCGACUGUACACGGAUGUUGACGAUCAAUUCCUGCAUCGACUGCAAACCGUGCACAACCAUCUGUAUUUUCUAAAGCACAAACAAUUUCUUGCUCAUCUUCCAAUGCAGGAGGCCAUAUUUUGUGUGGCCAUAUUUCUGUCCAUCUAUCGCAACCCGGAACAGUUUCAGGAGUAUCGUCUAAUGAUUAACAAAUGUCUGGUGAUCGAGUUUGUACGCAUGAUAAGCGAACAGUUGGCAAUAGUGAAAACGUAUCUGGAACGAACCGAAACGGAACUGUUGUCGAUAGUGAGAACAAUUGAAAUGUCUGGUACGGCAGAUAAAAAUAAACUGAUCAAGGAUCUGUUGAUGAAAAUGGAAUCUUCCAAUCUACCGAACAAAGCGCACGUGAUCCAACAACUGAAGGGACGAUCAGAAAUGGAUAGUACCGCUAGUAAGGAUAGCCUUAUCAAGGAUAUGCUAGAUAAGGUGAAACGAAUCGACAAACCGUGGACCGAAGAAAUGACCGGAAAGGUAAAAGCGUUAGAUAAAACGUACAGAGAGCAAUUGAUUGAGCAGAUCGGGAAACGUUUGCGUCACGUAUCUCAUCCACAAAAUGUAGUGAACCGGUUGAUGGGCGAUUGGAAAAAAGGAAAAGUGACCGAAACCAUCGUCGCAGACAUCGUGUCAGGUGAAUCUUUUAAUCUGGCUCAUCUAAUGCGUGGUAAAGAUCGUCGCAUCAAACGCAAGUUGCUUAAAUGUUACAGCAAAACCAAGCAAUACUACUCACUGCACAAGACUGUUUUCUACUGCGAGAACAUUGUACCGAACCCGAAAGAACGCACAAAAUCCAAUUUCGCCGAGAUAGCGUGUAUGAAACGGACGGUACAGGUAUUUGGCGAAGCCAUCAAGAACACCACCAACUCUGCCAAUAUGCCGGGAAAGGCUGCGGACGCUAUGGGUACAAUGCUGACCGAACUCUUCCCCAUCAUGAACAAAUCCUUUCGGGAAGUGUUUUCGCACAGUAUCUCCUUGAAGAAGCAACUUUUAGGAGAAUCGUUCGAUAAAACACUCUGUGACACAUUUCGUUCAAACUUGGGCAUGAUGAGAAUGGCAUUUCAGCUGCUGUAUGUCGUUACCGUCAUGGUUGCCCGGCAAUCGUUCUACGGUUAUAUGCGCCAGUGUGACACAUUCAAGGAGUUGCGAUCGUUGGUAGUGUACGCCGGUGAUAUGGAAUCAUUGGAACAGCGUCAGCUCGCUUGCUACAAACAGGUGACGCAGUAUUUCGAUGAAGCCAAAGCCACGUUCGAGGAGGUAGAAAAGGAACCUAUCGGCGCAAUGCCCACAUUCCGGCACUUACAAAAACAUCUACAAGUAAAACGUGAUAUUGUAAAUAAAUUGCGCGAUUGCUUCAAGGAAAACGAUAACUUUAACUAUAGUGAUAUACGGAGAGCCUGUUUCUCUAGCGACGAUUUGGCUGCCGUCCGAAGGUUGUUGGAUUGGAAGCUAACGAUGAGAUGGGAAGGAGAAUUCUUCCAGCAGGUGCGCACGUCCUGGCAAACUAAUCACGUCGAAUCAUUGGCGGUAGAAUGGAAGGAUCAACGUUUGCUGAAGUACAAUCCUUCCGUUGUUGCAGGCAUUCUGAAGAAUGGUUCUACAGCAAUGGAUUGCGUCGAAGACUUCGAUUACAUUUUGCAUACGCGUCAGUUGACGCAUGAUCUCAAGAUCGCGAACAAGAUCGAUGAAGAAGCGUUACAGCGUCUCAAUAAACGCUUGAAGCCUUACUACAAUGAUAUUUUCUUCAUCGACAACAAAUGGAAGGUGCUGGAAACGUUCUGCAAGGAGUGCAAACUGUCCUGGAACAAGGACCUUACCCGUGAGUUGGUCAAACGCGAUCAGAACCAUUUGCAGCAGCUGUAUGACAAGAGUCGCAAUCAGUUGCGAUUAAUUCUGGAAAGAUUUGGUCUGCAUACGGUUGACGGAUUGGUUACGUUGUUGUAUGGGCUUCCAACCCAAAUGUUAAGCGCUAUCGAACAUAUCCAGCUGGAGCUUUGCGAGAUGCUGUACGCAGUCGGUUACUUUGGCGAUAGUUUCCAUUACAUGAAGAGUCGCAUCUCUAUGAUACAGGGGAAAAAUUAUCGCAAUUUCUUGGCCCAUGACGCCCUAUCCUAUAAUCUGCUAACGGAUAGCUCAAUGGAGAAGAUCGUAAUUAAUGCAUUUGUGUUCUCCAACACCGAGAUACAACUGUUCGGAAAUACUGGUGCUAACAAGGUGAAUAUUAACGUUCCGACAUUGGCCCAAACGAAUCACUGGGUUGAUCUGCAGAAACAAUUGCUGGAAGCAUUCAAAACGAAAAACAUCCAAGGGAUGCACACGAUCGGACAGGAAGGUGCAGAAAUGAAGGCACGAUUUUGCUGUACGCGGAAUGAAUCCUACCUGGCUCCGACCUUCUUUCAGCUACCAGAACUGAUAAACCCUUGCAACGCUGAUGUGCCACUUGUAGAAUACCUGAAUCAAUAUUUUCCUGAUUUUUCAGAAGUAUGUAAAGAUCCUGAAUAUCAAGUAUCGAUGGCAUUAAAAUUGCGCGACUUUCAGGCAGCCUACGAUCGUACAAUAGCCCGUGGUGAUCGUUUGAUACGCGACGAGAUGUUUGACUGGGAGGAGCUUAUGGCUCACGUUCGCAAAACGGACCUGUUCGUCCAUCUGGUAGCGGUCGUCAAUAGGGGCGCCAUUUUGCGAAAGCUUAUCGAGCACGGUAACGUAGCAGGUGUUCGGGAGAUACUGCCAUACUUUGAAGCUUUCCAUACUGCGAACGAUCGUGGCCCGUUGGGCGAUGCGUUAUAUUACUGUGUUCGUUCGAUUGCAGACUUGCUACUAGCACGAUCCACGGUACCUCAUCCAGCGAUACUGUUGCUUGCCAUCAUCGUACACUGGAAUGAUAUCUUCGUCAACAUGAUGGCAAAAGCGGACAUUGAAAGUAAUACAUUCAAAUUUCUGCUCAAAACAACUGUUCAGGCGAGAAACUAUACCGCAGCGGUAUAUCUGCUGGAAAAUGAAGCAUUUAGACAUUUUAUUCCUGACGCAUUCGUGGCAUGCAGUGAAAAAGCAGCUCGUAUGGGUGACCAAUCCAUUUUACAGCAUUUGCUAGUGCGGUGUCCUGCUACAGCGAUUGCAUCAAAUAUCAAUUUAGCUUAUAUCCUGCAUCAGGCAGUAUUAAUGCAGCAGUGGCACUGUGUGCAGCUACUGAUGGACCGUGGUGAUGUUCCGGUAGACGUGAUGUAUCCAGACUACCCGCAGUCGAAUCAAUGCACAUUUCUUCUGCUCGUAAAGUAUGGCCUAUGUCGACUGCUGCGUAAGAUCAAAUCCAUCAAGCACGUGUUGUUCGUUACGAUUGCAAAACAUCCCUUUACUGUUGCAGUACAAAACCGUAUGAUAUCGGACAAAAUGAUCCGUUCACUGUGCACAUUAGGGUUCGAUUGGCUCGAUAGCUCAACAACACUGCAAGCAGCGAUUCGAGAAAAGAACAAGAAUGUGUUUGAAACGAUCCAGAAGCUUGUAAACGAGCGUUGUGCGGAAAAUCCUUCCUCCGAUCUUGAUCACUUCCGACACGCGUUAAUGGUGCUGCAGCGCUGGAAAAUGAUCUCAUUCGUUGAGGAGUCAAAAUCGUACGGAUCUUCUUCGUUGUUUAGCGCUUUACAAGCGCAAGAUAAAGAUAUGGUACAAGAGUUGCUCAGCUGGGCGCGUCAAAUGCGUACGAUCGAGGAGUUAGGCAUUCUUGGCGGUAUCGUCUUUGAACGGGACACAGUGUUCACCUGUUUCGGUAAAAGAAACAACGUGUCAAAGAUGUGGAAUACACGGGACAGCUGCGAAGAUAUGAUCACCCGGAUGGAAACCUGUGCAAUGUUGGGUGAGAUGAUAUGGCAACAGAUUACGCUAAACGCUCAGUCCUCGACCCCGGUCACGUGCUACGUGUUAACUACAGAGGAUGAACUCAUCGAGCUUCCCAAUUCAACUUUUGCUCUGCGUGACAAAGUGUCAUUGGAAGAAAAUUUAAAAGAUUUCCUAACGUUUGUCAACGUCGCACUAAGCAACUUUACCAUAUUAUUUGCCAAGUUUUCUACGGCCGAUGGAGCUACGAGGUAUUUCUGGCAAGUCGAACAAAUUAGCUGCAUGUAUGACAUUCUUCCCCCAUCAGAAAAAGGCGUUGAUUUAACUGAUAUGGUCAACUACAGAGAUUGGAAAGGUGAAACUCCGUUGCACCACUGCUUUCCGAAAGACACACUCGAAAUGGUAAAGCUCUUGGUGGAGAAUGGUGCCAAUACAUUAUUGGCAGAUCAUACCGGUAUGACCGCACUUCAUGUUUCUCUGCUAAACUCACAAGACUACGCUGUAUCAAAGUAUCUGCUCGAUGAGUGUGUUCGACGGGAUUUACGCAACGAAAAGGGUUAUUCCGCGCUGGAAAUCGACGAUGGUGUUAUUGGCAAUAGAUUGAUACAUGUCGCCAUAAUGGCAGGUCGACAAGAUGUAGUUGAAAGGUUGCUGCAGCUUCGAGUUGAUGUGUCGGUAGUAAACAGUAUGGGUGUAACACCAGCGCAUCUUGCUGCCGGUCUUAACAUCAAUAACAAGUGUCGUAUAAUAAAAAUGAUUCUUGAUUACGACGCCAGCUCGAUAGACACGUUCGACAACGACAAUGAUAACUUAAUACAACGAGCGGCACGAAGCAAUUCGUUGGAAUUGGUGCAGCUGGUACUGCAGUAUAAACCCAACUUAACAUUGUGCCGUGACGGCAUGACAGUGCUUUUUAUGGCUCUCCUGCUAAAGCACACUGAAUCUGCCAAAUGUUUGCUGAACUAUGCGAUCGAAAACAACAUUCAGGGGAUCACACUAGCAGGAGAUGACGAUCUCGUCUUACUUUCAUUGCUCUGCAACGACUACGAUCUCUCAAAAAUGCUGCUGGAGUAUGAGCUAGGACACACAUUACAGGAGGUUGACGAGCGUGAUCUACCUCGAAUUAAAUCCAUCCUUGAGGGGUCAGUACCCAGAAUGCCGGAAAUACCGAUAGCACGAGUAGUGCAGGCGCAAGGAUUCAGCGAAUCGGAAAAUUUUCUGCAAGAAUUGCUGAUACUUGCUACCUCGAUUACAGAUCGAUAACGAUUAUUCCACUCGCAUGAUAAUUAAGAAGAAUAUAUUGGGAUAUACGGUAAUAGAUGGAUAUUUUAUCUAAAAAAUCUCUUUUAUACUUGCUCGGUUAGAACUGUCUCCCAGGCCUUCGAACCUCUCAGGGAACCUCUCUGGACGCAAAGAAAUUUAAACUGCUUUUACAGGCAGCUUUGCCUGUGCAUUUAACAUAUUGAUACAUAAUAUAAUCAACUUUAUAAAUAAAUGAUUACUUAUCAUUCUGUUGCAAAUUUCA